CACAUUGGCGUCACUUUUCCAAGAUGGCUGCCCGCAUAUGUAAACAUGCGACCUGAUCUGCUAGCGUACAAUCGUCUAGUUUAACAGUCCCGUACGGUGUCUUCAUCCGGCCAAUUUGUUCGAUAUCAAGUUGUAUGUAUCAACGACGAAUGCGGGAUCGUUAACGCGUCAGUUUGUGACUUCGCUACAACCGAAGCAGACAGGCUACCAGCGGCGAGCUAACAGCUAACGUUAGCCAUGGAGCGGGACGCCAUGCACCAGCGGACCCUGUUCGUUAGCCCCCUGCCAGCCUCAGCUACCAAUAAACGACUAGAGGAAAUAUUCUCUGAAAUUGGUCCGAUAAAGCAAUGUUUCGUCGUCAAAGAGAAAGACUCGGAGACCUGUCGGGGCUUUGGCUACGUCAUAUAUUCCAUGGUGGAAGACGCACGGCGAGCUUUGAAAGAAGUAAAGGAAUACGACGGACGAAAGGUUAUUGUAGCUGUAGCGAAGAGGAAAAUUAAAGACAAAGGGAAAAAAGCACCCAAAGAGCCUGCUGCAGCACCCAAAGAAAAUGAGAAAUCCAAAGGUGUCCGGAAGACCCAGCUGAAAUCCAGACUCAUCAUAAGGAACCUGAGUUUUAAGUGCUCAGAAGACGACCUGAAACAAAUUUUAUCCAAGUUUGGAACCGUUCUGGAGGCCAAAAUUCCCCUCAAACCAGAUGGAAAGAUGCGUGGAUUUGCGUUUGUCCUUUUCAAAAAUGUAUGUGAGGCAGGAAAUGCGCUUAAUGCCAUGAACAUGAAGGAGAUUAAAGGUCGGCAGGUAGCAAUUGACUGGGCUGUGCCUAAGGACAAGUAUAUCGCUACGCAGCAAUCCACUGCAGAAAAAAACACAGCAGCAACAACGAACAUUAUGGACACGAAAAGUGACACUAAAGAGAAGGAUGAAGAAAAGCCACAAGCUGCACCUGAAAAGAAAAGGCUGCCUUCCAAACCAUCUGUGAAGCAGUUGGAAGAAUCCCAAUCAGAGGACGACGACGAUGAUGAAGAUGAAGAUGCUAGUGAGGAACUAGACAGUAAGGAGGAGGAGGAGGAGGAUGAUGUGUCCCAGGAAGAAGAUGACGGGAGUGACGAUGAUGACGACGGCGAUGAUGAUGACGGCGAUGAUGAUGAGAGUAGCCUUGAUUCAAAUGAUGAUGAUGAUGAUGAAGAGGAAGAGGAAUCAGCUAAAAAGAAAACAUCAAAGAAACCUCUCCCUUCAGAUGUGAAAGAGGGCAGAACCAUUUUCAUCAGGAACCUUUCCUUCGAUACAGAAGAAGAGGGCCUUGAGGAAGUUCUGCUGAAAUAUGGAGAGCUGAACUACAUUAAGAUUGUCAUCCACACAGCAACAGGACACUCGAAAGGUUGUGCAUUUGUUCAAUUCAAGACUAAAGAGGCUGCAGACAAGUGCAUAGCAGAAGCUGCAGAUGAAGCAGAGAACGGUGGCAUCCGUGUAGAUGGCAGAAAGCUGUUGGUUGUGGCAGCAGUGACCAGAGAGGAUGCUUCCAAGCUGAAGGUGGAUAAAGUGAAAGUGGAAACGGGCACCAGAAACCUGUAUCUGGCCAGAGAGGGACUGAUCCGUGCUGGAACCAAAGCUGCAGAGGGUGUUCCUGAAGCAGACAUGGUCAAAAGAACCAGGUUUGAAGAAAUAAAGAGGACGAAGCUUCGAGCCAUCAAUGUGUUUGUGUCAAAGAAUCGCCUAUGUGUCCAUAACCUGCCAAAGUCAGUGGACGAUAAAAAACUCCGAGCACUCUGCCUCCAGGCAGUAAAAGGAGAAAAGGGAGUCCGCAUGACAGAGUGCCGGGUAAUGUAUGACAAGAGGCCAGUGAAGGGUCAGCCGAUGGGAAAAUCUUUAGGUUACGGGUUUGUCCAGUUCCAGGCCCAUGAACAUGCUCUCUGCACACUCCGUUACCUUAACAACAACCCUGACAUCUUUGGCCCACAUAAGAGACCUAUUGUUGAAUUCUCACUGGAAGAUUCUAAGAAACUCCAAAUGAAAGAACUGCGUCAACAAAGAAAUAAGGAACACAAUCUGACUUUAAAAAGAGGACCAAAACUUCCACCCCAGACAGUCAAAGAUGAUAAAGGACCCAGGAAAGGUCCAAAUGAAGCACAAUCCUCAUCCAAGCAAACACGAAACGAGCAAGCUCCUGUUGAAACCCAGAAGCAAAGCACACGCUUUUUAGGCUUCCAGACCAAACCUGAGGUGGAGCACGUUAGUUUGGAGAAUGGAAAGAAGCGGAAGAAGAUUCUAAACUUUCCUUCCCACCGGGGGCCUAAGAUCAGAAUGCGCGACAAGGGAAAGCAACAAGCUCCGCCACCCAAGAAAGCCCGGCCGGGAUCCACCAGGAAGGACCGGCAAAGACAGCAGAUGGAAAAGCCCACACAGCGCAGCAACCAGGUCAAAAUGCAAAAGAAGAAUUUCAAAAGAAAGGGUGGGGACCGGUUUGACAGCCUGGUGGAGCAGUACAAGAAGAAACUGAUGGGGAACAGUGACAACAUCACCAAUCUCAAGCGGAACAAGUGGUUCCAUAGUUAAUGCUGUGUUUGUGUGUGAGUGCUCGUGUGUGUGUGUAUAAGAGCGAGAGGGACACAGUGUUUACAGCUGCCACGAUAGAGGUCCUCUACAAUAAGUACAGUUGUUCUCAUAAAAUAUUUUUGUGGCAAAUUGUGACACGUUUGUGAAACUGCGCCGUGCCCAAACAUUCUUCAUCCUUAUCUUGCAUUUCUGUAAUCCAUGUUUGUACCUCUAAAACAAACCACGUCAAUCUUGUACUUUUUAUGAAAAAAUAAAUUUGGGUUUUAUUGUCUGGACUUGAA